GCUUGCGCUCUAAUCAAAGUGGCAAAACCCCCAAGAAUUCCUAAUCCAUCAACAGCUUUUGGCAGGCAGUGUUUUGCCCCCAAAUCAUGCACAAUCAUUUAGCAUAAAAAUAUAGCUAAUGCAUGGUACGUCGACUGGGAUAAAGCAUUAAGAGGGUAGACAAGGACAAGACCAUAUUUCAUACUUAGCUUGCCCUUUCCACCCUUGCACUUGAGAAUUACCUAGUCUUGUCCGUCUCUCUCUCUCUCUCUCUCUCUCUCUCUCUCUCUCUACUUACUCCUACUUACCUCCCAAGACAGAAAGACUCGGACUGAGAUCACAUUUAGUCUCCUAGUGUCAUACAGCUCCAGCUCUUGGUGUUCUGGGUGGGGAAAAUGAAUCAAGAGAUGAAUGGGGUUGGCACUGAGAAUGGGGUUCGCACUGAUAGUUACCAAGAGAAUGCGUAUGACAAAAUUGAUUAUGUAUUCAAGGUGGUGGUGAUUGGAGACUCGGCUGUGGGGAAAAGUCAGUUACUUUCCAGGUUUACUAAGAACGAGUUCUGCUUUGACUCCAAAUCCACCAUUGGGGUUGAGUUCCAGACCAGGACUGUCACCAUUAAAGGCAAAGUUAUCAAGGCCCAGAUCUGGGAUACUGCUGGUCAAGAAAGAGCCGUGACAAGUGCAUACUACAGGGGAGCACUAGGGGCAAUGCUGGUAUACGACAUAACAAAGAGACCCAGCUUUGAUCACGUUGCGAGGUGGGUGGAGGAACUCAGGGCCCAUGCAGACAACUCCAUCGUCAUCACUCUCAUUGGCAACAAAGCCGAUCUCGUGGACCUGAGGGCUGUGCCCACUGAAGAUGCUAUUGAAUUUGCAGAAAACCAAGGCCUCUUUUUCUCUGAGACAUCAGCCCUAAGUGGUGACAACGUGGACACUGCAUUUUUUAGACUGCUAGAAGAAAUCUAUGGUGUGGUUUCUAAAAAGACUUUGGAAUGUGGCAAUGGAAGAUCCGACAGUGGUGGCGAUGCCCCGGGGCUUAAAGGAUCCAAGAUUGAUGUCAUUCCAGGUUCUGAAUUGGAAAUUAGUGAGAUGAAGAAAUUAUCUGCAUGCUCUUGUUAGGUGUUCAUAUAAUAAGAAGAAAAUUAGGGCAUCAUUGGGUUUGAUCAUGAUGUCUUUUGUGGGUAUCUUUUGGAGGGUUAUGAUAUUAAUUAUGUACUAGAAAAGGCAAAUUCGACCUUUUUUCUUUUUUAAAUAUUUGUUUGGAAAAAAUCUGAGAUCAUUCAAAACACAAUUUGGGUUUUGAACCAAUAUGAUAUAAAGGUAUCUAAGGUUAUUUAUUCCGACCAA